AUGGACUUGAUAGACUUGUCUCAACUCGAAGUACGUCCUAAGUGCCUUGUCGCUCCCAGUGAUGAUUUCCAAUGCCACGCACAGAUCCCAUACAGUAACGAGUACCCUCUCUAUGACCUAUUUGGCACCAAAUAUGACCCCUUCAUCGAACCUCCUCAACUCCCAACGGAGCUUCUGGUCCACAUAUUCCUCCUGUGCAAAGACAACGACGGGGAAUCCGUGAUCAAGAGCGCGGGCUACAGCUCAGCCUGGACGCCAGAUCGCGUCGAGGUCCGCAUCUCCCACGUCUGCCGGCGGUGGCGCUCCAUUGCGCUGGACAUCCCCGCUCUCUGGACCGAAAUCUAUUUCCUAAAGGCCGAUCCAUGGGACAUGGUCGACGCGUAUCUCGCGCGGUCGAAAAACACGACGAUCGACGUGUCCAUCGACUUCGAUGCCAUUAAGCGUCACCAGCGGUGGCACCGCGGACUCAAGUGGUCCAAACGUGCGUACCUCAGAUGUCUCCGCGCAUUGCUCGACCGAAUCGGGCUGCAUCGAAAGCGAUGGCGGUCCUUCCGGUUUACAACCUCAAAUCUCAAGUACUUCGUUUCUUUCUGCGAGCACUUUCGUGGCGCAGGGGGCGCAGAGUUCAGACAUGCAUUUUACCGAGGACCUAAUCAUGCCAGUUCUUUGACUUAUACAGAUUCUGGUAUUAAGGAGGUGCUGCUCCAAGAUGUACAAAUGAACUGGACUCAUGAUAUCAGCAUGUUUCGCGAUCUCGUCCAAUUGUCUCUCGCCGACCUCUCAAGCGUGACCUGUCCUACUUUCAGAGAGCUGGCCGACACGCUCAAGACCUCUGCCCGACUGCAGACGCUCGAAUUGGUCAACACAGGACCGCUAGGCGACCCCAGAUACUUGCCGGAUCUCCCAGAGCACUUUCCUUACGCCCCCGAUAGCCACCAAGGUUCUGAGGCGCUGCUGGUCUCGCACAGCCUGCAGGAGCUGACACUGGCCUCCUCGAAGCCGCAGUUCCUAUCGCAGCUAUUUCACCACGCGGUGUUUCCCAACCUCAAGAAACUCUCGAUCUGGCUCACUGGCGACUGCACGGACAUCAUCCUCGCCCUCUCGCAGCUUUCGUACAUCGUCGACGAGCCGCUGGUCGCGGGGCUGACUCACCUCCAGCUCGGCCGCAUGCGUGGAGGCAACGCCGCAGACAUCGGAGAUCUCUGCGAGACCAUGCCGAACGUGACGACGCUCACGCUGGACUUCCACGGCGUGUGCAGGUGGUGGUACUACUUCCUCGUGGCGGGCGGCGACCCCCGGACUCUGCGGUGCGUGCACACUCUGGACGUCACUGGCCUCACCGCGCCGGAGGUGCGCUAUCUGGUCGCCUCCCGCAACGCCUGGGGCAUGCCGCGCCUCGACCUUACCGUGCACUCGCCUGCCGACAUGGAGACUGACGACGUGCGGUGGCUGCGCAAACACACAGACAACUUCACGUUCGUCCAGACGAUGGACGUGGACAACUUCGGAAUGAGUGCGAUGCGCCGGAAAAUGAAGGAGCUCCGGCGGCGGUAG